CGCGAGUGCACGCGCCCUCCCAGCAUUCAGUGGGCACGCGGGCGGCGGGCGCCUCGGUAGCGAAGGCAUCCCCUACGGCUACCGAGCGGACGGAGGCCGCUGGUCGCGGCAGCUGAGGCGACCCGACGCGCACCAGGUGGAAGGAGUGGCCGCUGGUGCACACCCGCCCGCCAUGAAACCCCCCGCAGCCUGUGCAGGAGAUGCGCUGGACACGGCGGCCCCCUGCUCCGUGGUGAACUACCUGAGAUGGGACCUGAGCGCCCAGCAAAUAGGGGAGCUCACGAUGGAGCUCAUGGAGCAGACCAAGCGCGUGUAUGACCAGGUCGGCUCCCAGAAGUUUGAGGACGUGUCCUAUGAGAGUACGCUCAAGGCACUGGCCGACGUGGAGGUGUCCUACACAGUCCAGAGGAACAUCCUUGACUUCCCCCAGCACGUGUCUCCGUCGAAGGCCAUCCGGACAGCCAGCACGGAGGCAGACAAGAAGCUGUCUGAGUUUGACGUGGAGAUGAGCAUGAGGCAGGACGUGUACCGGAGGGUCGUGUGGCUGCAGGAGAAAGUUCAGAAGGACUCACUGAGACCUGAGGCAACACGGUACCUGGAGCGACUAAUUAAGCUCGGCCGAAGGAACGGGCUGCACCUGCCCGAGGAAACGCAGGAAAAAAUCAAAGGCAUCAAGAAGAAGCUGAGUCUGCUGUGCAUCGACUUCAAUAAGAACUUGAACGAGGACACAACCUUCCUGCCCUUUACACGGGAGCAGCUAGGAGGUCUCCCCGAGGACUUCCUGAACUCUCUGGAAAAGACUGAGGAUGAGAAGUUCAAAGUCACCCUCAAGUACCCUCACUAUUUUCCCCUCCUGAAGAAAUGCCACGUGCCCGAGACCAGAAGGAAGGUGGAGGAGGCAUUCAAUUGUCGCUGCAAGGAGGAGAACUGUGCCAUCCUCAGGGAGCUGGUGACCCUGCGGGCCCAGAAGUCCCGCCUGCUGGGAUUCAGCACGCACGCCGACUACGUCCUGGAGAUGAACAUGGCCAAGACCAGCCAGGCGGUGGCCACUUUCCUAGACGAGCUGGCCCAGAAGCUGAAGCCCCUGGGGGAGCAGGAGCGGGCAGUGAUCCUGGAGCUGAAGAAGGCCGAGUGUGAGGCACGGGGCCUGGACUUCGACGGCCGCAUCAACGCCUGGGACAUGCGCUACUACAUGAACCAGGUGGAAGAGACGCGCUACAGCGUGGACCAGAACCUGCUCAAGGAGUACUUCCCCAUGCAGGUGGUCACCCGGGGGCUUCUGGGCAUCUACCAGGAGCUGCUGGGGCUGACCUUCGACCUGGAGGAGCACGCCGCCGUGUGGCACGAAGACGUGAAGCUGUACUCAGUGAGGGACGCAGCCUCGGGGACGGUCAUUGGGAAGUUCUACCUGGACCUGUACCCCCGGGAAGGCAAGUACGGGCAUGCGGCCUGCUUCGGCCUGCAGCCGGGCUGCCUGCGGCAGGACGGGAGCCGCCAGAUGGCCAUCGCAGCCAUGGUGGCCAACUUCACCAAGCCCACCCCAGAUGCCCCCUCGCUGCUGCAGCACGAUGAGGUGGAGACCUACUUCCAUGAGUUUGGACACGUGAUGCACCAGCUCUGCUCUCAGGCGGAGUUCGCCAUGUUCAGUGGGACGCAUGUGGAGCGUGACUUCGUGGAGGCGCCUUCGCAGAUGCUGGAGAACUGGGUGUGGGAGACGGAGCCGCUGCUCAGAAUGUCCCAGCACUACAGGACGGGCAGUGCCAUCCCCCAGGAGCUGCUCGAGAAGCUCAUCAGGUCCCGGCAGGCUAACACAGGUCUCUUCAACCUGCGUCAGAUUGUUCUGGCCAAGGUGGAUCAGGCUCUGCACACACAGACGGCUGCAGACCCGGCUGAGGAGUAUGCCCGCCUCUGCCAGGAGGUCCUUGGCGUCCCGGCCACACCAGGGACCAACAUGCCUGCGACCUUCGGCCACCUGGCGGGCGGCUACGAUGCACAGUACUAUGGCUACCUGUGGAGCGAGGUGUUCUCCAUGGACAUGUUCCACACGCGUUUUAAGCAGGAGGGCGUCCUUAACGGCAAGGUUGGCAUGGACUACAGAAGCUGCAUCCUGAAACCCGGUGGCUCCCAGGAUGCCAGUGUCAUGCUGAAGCUCUUCCUGGGCCGCGACCCCAAGCAGGACGCCUUCCUCCUGAGUAAAGGCCUGCAGGUGGAGAGCAGUGAGCCGCUGGCCUGCUGAUGCGCCGUGGUUGUGACGGCCCUGGAUGGGGGCUCCGGCUCCCGUGCCCUGGUGCCUUAGCUCCCAGCCUGGAAACGGCGCAGGAGAUGGCAGCCUCCAGCUCUGCAUCCAGGGAGGGUGGGACGGGGUGAGGACGGGCUGCUCUCCCUGAUCAUUUCUCAGCUGGUGGUCGGCCUGGACUGAAGAGAGCUCGUCCUCGAGAUGUCUGGAGAGCACUUGUGUCCUGUCAGGGCUGCCUCUCUGUUGCACUAACAUAACCCCUUCCUGGGGAGUUGUCUUGGUAAGGGACAGGUAUGUCUUUGAAAUGCAGCCAUUAAAAAACAAGGAAAAGAAGAGAGAGACGGCUGGCCUGGUCUCUGACGCCUGUCCCUUCUGCCGCAGGAUAGUCGAAGGCUGGUUGUCACAUUUGGGCUCGGGUUCUGAUGCUCCCAUUGAGCCCUGAACUUGGCCAUGAGCCCUCAGGCUGGGGACGCAGGCAUGUUCUCUGAGGUGAUGGAGCAUUCUGGACUGUGACCCGUGGGGGUUGCUGGGAGACGGCUGAGCUGUUCGAGUCACUGCAACUGGGGUGCUGCGGUCUUUCACCAAGAGGUCUUUCCUGCCAACGCCUCACCCAGGAUUCUGGGAAAAUCUCAUCCCUGUGCAGCACUGGCCGAUGUGAGGCCAAGGCCGCCUACCCUCUGUCCAGGGGUCAGUGCGGGCCUCCUGGUUCCCUGGCCAAAGUCUGGGAAUGCAGUUUGACGAGAGCUAGGUUCUGACUAGGGAGCUGCUGGGAGCCCACUGGGAACUUGCUUGUCCUUGUGACCUUGGAGACCAAAGGCAGAUGGAGUCUGUCCUGCUUGGAGCUCAAUUCCCUCUGGCAAUGUGGCAAAGUCUGGGCCACGGCAGAGGGACAGCAUUCCUGGGCCCUCUGGUAGUGUUUUUUGGAAAAGGUCGUCCUCUGCUACUUGAGCAGGAUGGGUGCGUGACUCCUUCAUUUGGUCUGGACAGUCCCUUCUCCUCCCUGGGCUUUGAGCUCCUUGGGGGCCUGCUUCCUGCCCUGAAUCGCUCCCUCCAGUGUGUCCCUGCCGAGUCAGUGGAGCGAAGGACCGAACAGAACCCUGAUCCUUCUCCCUGAGGGCCAGGUGGCCUGUCCUCAGUGGGCACAGCUGCCCACCCUUCACCAGCCUGUCCUCACCAGCCUUGGGCCAGUCCUGCUGUGGGCCUGGCUGUGAGGACCCCUUACGCAGACCCAGCUCAGAGCUCCCUGCGCCAUGUCUGUGUCUUUUAAACUCUGAGGCAAGGGGGCGAGUAUUCUCAUGGCUGGUCUUGUCCAGAGUUGGUGGGCACCAUGUGGCCGGGAGGGCAGUGCCUAGAAGGCAGAGGUUGAGACCGGCAUCUGGGCAGCUGCUGCUUAUGCUUGAAAUACCUGGGAAUUAAA